AGAGUCAGCUUUUACCACUUUCUUUCCCAUAUUUCCCUUUCUUCGUGAUCUGAGACUCCUCUCUCAUGAAUCCCCCAUCUGUUAGAACUUAGAGCGCCAACCAGGAGUCAAUCACGGCAUAGUACGUGCGGUACACUAGAGGCCCCCUUCAAUUUGGGAUUAUGGGAUUAUAUCCGAAUCUUCUAGAGGAACCCAGACCAACCUCCAUCCCUCUGCAAUAUAUAUCUCUCGUCUCCCUCUCCUUCACCCAACCCAAUCCAGUUUCAAUCCAUUUCAUCGACGCAAUUAAAGUCCUCUCUGUUGAUUAAUCGUCCAAAGCAAGAUGCCGACCCGUCCGUCCGUCGGAAUAUCGCGAGACUGGGAGCAGGUGGUGCUCCGGAAGCAAAAGCCGAAGGCGUCGGAACUCCGGGACCCAAAGGCGGUGAAUCAGGCGCUGAGGACGGGAGCUCAGGUGCAAACCGUGAAGAAAUCCGACGCCGGAUCGAACAGGAAGGCUCCGGCGACGGUCGUGAACGCGAGGAAGCUGGACGAGGCGGCGGAGCCGGCCGCGCUGGACAGAGUCCCGGCUGAGGUGAGGCUGGCGAUUCAGAAGGCGAGGAUCGAGAAGAAGAUGACGCAAUCGGAUCUGGCGAAGCAGAUGAACGAGCGGAUUCAGGUGGUUCAGGAGUACGAGAACGGGAAGGCUGUGCCCAACCAGGCGGUGCUGGCGAAGAUGGAGAAGAUCCUGGGAGUCAAGCUUAGAGGAAAAUCCAAAUGAGCUAUGGCGGAAUUAUUAUAUGGCGGAAUUAUUAUAAGGUUGAUGUGUACGUACUUAAUUAGCUGACUGAAAAUAAUGUUCGUAGUGAAUGUAAUCUUGAUGGAUUCGAAUGCUUGUAAUCAUUUGGAAGCCAGAAUUGCUCUGAUCUAAAUGGAAUUGAUGUAAAAAAUCUCAAUUGAUAUG